AUGCAUGCUCACUAUUAUUCCUUUUUAACUAUACAUCAUAACUAUAAUGAUUCUCGAAAAAAUAAAACAGUCAUCUAUACGAUCGUAACUAAUGGAGAAAUUGAAGAUGUUCCAUUCACAUGUCCCGAAAAUUAUGAUUAUAAAUCUCCAAAUAUUCGUAAAGCCUGUUUUGUUCGUUCCGCUAAUUUGGUUUGUAUGUGGUUGUUCGUGGGUUUUGCUACUCUUUGGGAAAUUUCUGGCUGUUUUGGUAUUGUUUCAAAAGUCGAAGAUUUGGAAUAUACCUUCCUCGAACAUGAGCCUGAAGAACGCGCUCCUCUUAAUGUUUGA